AUGAUCGCCGUCCCUGGCCCGGUCUCGCCAUCGUUGAGUCCUCGCGACGCCCGAGAGCGGCUCCUGUCCGCCCAUACCGCCACGCCGGCGGACGACAUGGGCAACAAUUUCCGUUUGCUGGACCGGCGGGGCGCCUUUGGGCAAAGUCGGGGACACUGGCUGCUGCACAACAUCAUGUCCCGGAUCCGCGGCGUCGAAGGCAACCCCAAGGACACCUUCCAAGAGGUGAGCACGCUGCUUCUGGAGGACAUGUAUCACACCUUUCUGGACGCCAAGAUCUCCAAGCAGCUGGGUUGCUUCCUGGUGCUCUACGUUUUUCUCUUUUGGUUUUACGCCUUUGUCUACUUGGUCAUCAGCAAGCCCUGCAACUUGCAGCUGGAGGGUCACCUGGUGAAAGCGACGUAUCUACUCUCCUUGGAGACCAUGAUGACUAUCGGCUACGGAGUGCCUGACCCCUACAUGAACGGAUGUUGGCAAGGGCCUUUUGUGCUGACUACACAAGUGUUGGUGAACUUAAUCCUGAGCGCCGUCCUCAUUGGUGUGAUCUUUCAGGGCAUCGCCAGACCUCAGUCCCGGGCCUGCACAAUUUUGUGCAGCGAGAAGGCCAUCAUCCGACGAUGCAUCGACGGUGCGUACUACUUCAUGUUCCGCGUUUGCGACCUGCGCUCUCAGCAUGCCCUGGUGGAGCCGCAUAUCCGCUGCUACUGCGUGGAGAAGAAUGACAUUCGAGGCUUCGAGACCACGCAGAUGCGGCUGCUGCAGCCGGACGAUGAGCUGGGUGCCACGCUGCUGCUUUCAAUGCCGAGCAUCGUGGUGCACCGCAUCGACGCCUGGAGCCCCUUGGCACCUCACCGCCCGGACUACCACCACCAGAUUGGCAUGGGCGCCUUCCCCCCGCAGACCCGCACCCAGCCCGACGUCCUCAGGGAGAGGUCUGAGACCUUUGGCUGCCUCUCCCUGAACCUUGGGCACGUGCGCAACAGCUCCCCUGCCUUUGACCGCCAGGUCAGCGACUCGGCUUGCAGCAAGCCCUUCUUCCGCUCCAAUAGCAUCAGUGGUUUCAUGACGAGCGCCACCAAGCCCAGAGAGCGCGGGGAAGGCUACGAGGAGAACCUGCGCAUCCGUCGGUGGCCAUGGCCCAGGCAGCGCCAGGCCAGCGCGGAGACGGGCCAGGGCGACUCCUGUGCUUGCCCGACAUGCGGGCAAUCCUUUGGCACCGCGGAGAUGCUCAAGUCGCAUUGCCGCUACACUGCCGCCUCCGACAAAGCCUCCGGCCUCCCGCCAGAGGCGUGCCACAAGGAACUCACUGUGGCAGACCUGGAGCGGUUAGUCCACCGAGAUCCGACCAAAGCCGAGCUGAAUGCAUAUUUGGCCAAGAGCUUCAAGGAGGUGGUGGUGCUGGUUGAGGGCAUCGAGCCCACCACUUCUGCAACGCUGCAGUCGCGCCACUCCUACCUGGUUUGCCCAGAUGGUGCCCCCGACUCCGACACAGCAUGGGACAUGGAUUUUGUGGACUGCAUCAUGGUGCCCGACAGCGAAGACAAGGAGCCGGAACAAAAAGGGGCACGGGGCGCUUAUCGUGUGCAGCCUGCUUUGUGA